GCCUCAGCCUUCCUAACCUCGAAUAUAUCAAGCUCCUCUCAAGCCUGGUGACCCCAGGACCUACUGUCUGAUCUACUCCAACUGGAGAACUUUGGAACAAGUCUGCUUGAACAUAAGGGCGACUGGCAAGUCCCCAGGAUGGAAACGGAAUACCUGAAGAAGUGCUUUGGAAAUUCCUUGUCCCAGGCACUGGCAGAAGUGGCAAAGGUUCAGCCCAGUGACCCAAUAGAGUACCUGGCUCACUGGCUUUACCAUUACAGGAAAAUAGCUCUAGCAAAUGAAAAGAAUAUUCGAGAACAGAUCCAGCUGAAGGAGGAAUAUGAGAACAGCCUCAAGGAAAAGGAAAUGGCAGCAAUGAUGAAACAAGAAGAGCUUCAGAUUCAACAGAAGUGUAAAGAGUGUCGCAAGAAAUCGAUUUUCCUAACCACUUUCAAAAAGAAAGUCUCGUUCAAGCAGGAAGACACAGAACCCGUUGAAGAGGAGUCCUUGGAGCAGGAAUCCCUGCCGGAUACUCCAGCAAUGCCUUACCAGAUUCCUUCUUCAGAGCUAGCUGAGGAGAUCGAGCAGAACUUGGAAUCCCCAUAAGAUCAAAUCACCGGGAGCCUUUUCCCUGUGAAGCUGCUGAUUAAAAUGCUUCCUGACU